CUAACAGAAACAAGAUGGCGGACUUCUCGGACGUACAAUUCUCUUUCUAAAGUUCUUCGUACAACUCCUGAAUUUAACGCAUUUCUCAUACAAAAUGUUUGGUGACAAGGCACUUGAUCUUGUAAAGGAGCUUAAAAGAUCCAUGGAUGGCACUUUACCUCCUUAUAACGUAAGAUUUUGUUUGACUCUUGAUGAGAAAUUUUUGGCGGGAAUUUGUGCUGUAGCGGCGAGCUUGAAAUGUUGUGGUUCGAUUUAAUUUUAUUCUUAAUUCAACUUUUAAUUUAUUUUCAAACGUAAUUUAAUAUCCAUAUUCACCCAUCAGCUACCAUACACAAUCUUAAUGGAUUAAAAUUUGAACUAUUACUCAAUAAUUGUGUGGCUCCAAAAAAUAUCCAUACCCCCCCUCCUGUGAGGGAGAGGGGUCGUAAAUGACAAAAUGUUUAAAGAAACGUACCAGGCGAAACUGCAGUUUCCUGUGCACUAGAACCAAAAAUUCCAAUUAAAAAAUUCCAAUUCCAAUUCCAAUUCCAAUUCCACUGAAACCAAAAAUUCCUCCAUGUAGGGAGUAUGGCCAUUUUCUGGAACAGCACAUUGCUUAUCAAGUUUACUGACUUGGUUAUAUUAAGCAUGCCAUUUUAUAUUCUUAUUUGAAGGAAGAUCUAGUCAGGCAGGUUUUAGAGGAGAUGAAGAUUUUGUUUGAACAAAACCAGAAGGAAGUGUAAGUUCAGUGACUAUCUUUGUACUAGCUUUGUGUGAUCUAAAUUUUAAGGAAAACCCGAGGGGGAGUGGGCAGUACGAGGGGUGCCCUAGCUCCAGAGAUCCAUUCUUGAGAUAUUGUUCUCAAGGUUCGCGCCUUGCUGUCGCGGAUUUGCCUUGAACUAUCAGGAAAAAGGAAAGAAAACCUCAGGCACCCAGUGAAUACAAGUGUGUGUGUGUGUGUCCGUGGGGGGUUACUCCGUGACUGUGCGGGUGAGAAGGGCCACUGGGACUUGUACCCUUUAUCCUAUAAGACUAAGGUCACCUGCAUUUUGCAAGCACCCAAAUGCCUACCCUGUCCCUGUCACCGAUUUUCCGGGGGCCACAGUGAGUAUUAAAAACACUUUUGAAUGGUAAAUGUACAAGAUGAACAGGGACUUGGCCUUAGGUAGCAACAUCAUGGGCUCAGAUUGCUAGUUUCAACUCAAAAAAGUUUGUACUUUUUUCCAACGCAACCAUACCUGAAUUAUUGUUUUAUUUUUAAGAGCACUGACGGUUGAAGGAGAAACUGGUUUGUUUUCUGGGGUUCAUUUGAGGCAUGCUAGCUUAGAGAGAAACAAAAGAUGCCUACUCUCCUAUAUGUGAGUUGAGAACAUGGGAAGUUCAUGUUUUAGUUUAUAUUUAGUCUUAGUUUAACCCUUUAAGCCCCAAUAUCCACAUGUGAAUUGUCCAAACUGAUCUCCAUACAUUUCCUUUAAGAAUUAGUGGAGAGAAUUUGAUAAAAGAUCAAAGUAUUUCUCUUUGGUGAUCAAUUUAUUGAUUCUCAUGACCCAAUCACUUGACAAUCUAUGGAUAUUGUUAGGAGAAAAUUGAUGUUGGUCGCCAUUGGGACUAAAAGGGUUAAAGGUCAUUACACAAAGUGUGCUAUAUUCCUUUCUAUGCUCACCUGUUUAUGCUUUUGCUAUUAAAAAGUGUUAAUGAAAGUGGUAAAAUAAUUCCAUCAUGUCUGUCUUGAAGUGAGAAAAUUUAUCCUGUUUUGUUGUUCACCUCAGGCAUUGCAUUUUGUCCCUUUUUUUACCAGGUUACUUAAAUUCUGGUAAUAAUAUUAUGUUUUAAUUAUUUUGAAUCAACUCUGACAGCUAUAACAGGAUGCUAAGGAUAAAGAAUCUCCGGUGGGAGUUUGGAACUGUUUUACCUGAGGAAAUCAAGUAUAAUUUAUGUGAACAAGAGGUAAAAGAAGUAAAAAUAUGGUUUUAACUGUUUUGUACAAGAUUCUUGGUUGGUGUGUUAUACACCAAUGAAGUGUGAUUUUUUGAAACAUCCAGUAGAGUUUUAGGUUCUUUGCAUGCUCAUGGACUUACCGGUAGUCAAAGAUCGACUCUGUUGGGACAGAUCAUACUUAACUCUUUGCAGCCAUUCUUUGAAUUAACAAACAACAUUUCUACCCAUGUGAAUAAAUAGAGGGUGUUUUGUUAGAGUUGUUUUCUAGUGUUAUUAUUAACGUGUGUUUCUUUUUGUAUUGAUAUACAGAUUCAGUGGUUUACAAAAUACAAUAAAUCCCUUGCAACGUACAUGAGAACUGUUGGUCUGGAUCUGACGCAGGUAAUAAUAUUACAAUAUAUCAUGGCUUGUCUAGUUAAAGGCAGUGGAGUGUUAAAAAAGAGUUUUUUUUCCUGUGCAGUCCAUAAAUGCAUCUAGAAGCUUCCUGCCAGGUCAAAUAUAAAACUAUGCAAAUUGCUGCAAAAAAGGUUUCAUUGAAUAAAUUUUCAUGCGCACAUACGUCCUCAUUAUUUCUCUUUUUCACCCUAGAAAAACCGGUGCUUGCUAUGCAGGCCAUGCCUCAAUGUAUCACUAAUACAGUGACUUUGAAACACAGUUAAAAUCUUUAGUACUUUUAUCACUGAUUGUUAACAAACACUUGGAUUUAUUAAAAUCAUUUUCACAGGAUAUGAAGCCCCCUAAAUCACUUUACAUAGAGGUAUGUUUAAAAAAAAUAAUUGUGUAAGCAUCUAGAUAUAAUAUUUUGGCUUACCAAUUCACAGCAUACUCAUAUUAUUGAUUUCUUUGUGAAUUUAUCCUUUGGGUGCAAUCGUUUGUUAUCCCCUUGUAUGGUUGACUUUCAGUGUAUGGAUAAAAAUUAUUUACGACUCUUUAAUAUUAUUGAUUGGUCAUUUCCAUAUUGAUUUAUAGAAAACAAAAUCAAUUUAAGCUGAAAAAUUAACUGGAAACAAUGUCAAAUAAGCUUGAGAAGGAAGUUUUGAUGUUACCCCUACACUUCAAUUAUAACUUACUCCUGUCUGCAAUGUGAAAUUAUGUAUGCUGAAUGACAGCCGCUAGAAGUGUUUACAUAGUAUGUAUAAAGAUGUUUGCCUUCGAUUUAUGCUGCUAUUCUGCAGUGCUGUGUUAUGUCAUUAGACACUUGUUUGACAUUAAAUGGAUUCCCGGCUCACGCGUCACAGUAGUAGUUCAAUGAAGUGCCAGUUGUUGAAGUUAAGAACCAAGGUCGUUACCUCGCGUAAUAAUAUACUUGUUAUGAACAUUUAAAAGGUACGAUGUCUGGAAGACUAUGGGGAAUUUGAAACAGAAGAUGGAACUGUCAUAUUACUGAAAAAGAACAGUCAGGUGGGUGACUGUAAAGGGUCCCAUCCCACAAAUAAUAAUAAUAAUAAUAAUAAUAAUAAUAAUAAUAAUAAUAAUAAUAAUAACAAUAACGAUAAUGAUAAUGAUAAUAAGUAAUAAUAAUAGAACCAAACUGGUGCUAAGUGACCUUUUAGGGUUGAUACAACUCCGUGAAGUUCUUAGCCAUGAACCAUCCCUGUAAGUGAUUGGUAGAACAAUAUAUCUCACCUGCUUAUACAUAUUCUCGUUCUUGAUGAGGUCUAAGCAACAAAGUGGCAAAGGGACUGUCUUUUCCACAAAAGUAUGACCACAUUACAUAUGAAGAACUCUUUCAGAUUACCCAUUCUCAGAAGUUGGAUCAAUUUUUUCUUACCUGAAAAAGUUCAUUUUUAGUUUCUCCUUUUUUUUCCAAUUCAUGCCCUAUUUUGUAUUUUUCUAUGACCAGAGGUAAGAAGUGUUUAAUACUUUGCCCAUAAUAAUAUUCAUUGAUUGACCUAAAGGUUUCAACUUAUUGAAAUCAUCUAUAGUUAUUAAUUGUACAAUAAUAAAUUUAGAGAAUAAGAAGAAUUAAAAAAUUCUAGCUGAUGGAAAUGGUGUCUAUCUCUUUUGCUCUUCAUAAUAAUAAUUUGAUACAAUUAUUAUAUCAAAGUUAAUACUGGGAGUAAGAACAUUGUAGCUUAGUAGUUCAUGACGUCUUUGAUCCCUGUUUAUUUUUGAGGAACCUGCUUAUGCCAUGGUUACCUCUUUUUUUUUUCAGCAUUUCCUGCCGAGGUCCCACUGUGAACAUUUGAUCAGACAAGGAAUCCUGGAACACAUCUUGUAGAGCAUAAAGUCAGCUGAUUUUCACUGUUCGUUGGAAAUCUAGAUUUAAUUUGUAAGGACACGUUUUCUUGAACAACAUUGUAAAUCAUUCUCUUGAAGAGCCUAGCUUCUAGACUAGAGUUUUGUACAAUAAACUUUCAAUCCAGUUCUAAAAUG